UAAACACCAAGUCACGUUUCUUUUCUCUACCUGUCAAUUGAAAGAUGUCGACUUUGAGUUACUGGAACGAGUCAAACCCUUUAAUAUACGACAAUACCACCAUCGUCGAUCGGGCGAGAAAGAGGACUGAAGUAUACCCAGAUGUUAUCCCUUUUGUCGAAAGAUCGUUGUCUGGAUCCAGGCGAUCAAUAACGAAUCAGGAAUUCCUGAGCAAAGUUGAAAAGGUUGCUAAAUACCUUGUAUCUAUAGGAGUUCAAAAAGGCGAUAAGAUCGCGAUAUUUGGUCAAAACUCGCUUGAAUGGAUUAUAGGCGAAUUCGCCAUACUUUUUGCAGGAGCGGUUUCAGUUCAUGUCAAUAUACUCAGAAAAGACGCAAGCGACGCUCUCGAAAGCAUCGACAUCUGUAAAUGCAAAUGUUUGCUGAUAGAUCCAACUGACAGCAGUAGUGCACUGCGGCUGAUAACCGACUUCAAACAGAGAGAUGAAAAUAACAAUAUACUCCUUCUCAAGAAAAACGAGAACUGUCAGUUCCACCACAUAGAACUGGAGUUCGAUCUACCGGACAGGAAAUUAGAAUUACCACACGUUGUCCCAGAGGACGAUGCUGUGAUAUUUACAACCUCAGGCAGUACAGGGAAUCCGAAACUAGUUCUUCAUACCCAUUACGGAAUAGUUUGUAAUGUUCCGUCAGACGAAGAAAACCCUGGGUAUAAACAUUAUGGUGGUCCGUCGAAGUUUGUCGUAUUCAAUGACCGUACAUUCAGCUGGCUGGGAGGAUCACCAAUCACAAACUUCCUUUAUGGAAACCAGUCAAUAUUUACUUCUUCAUCGGCUCAUCCAACAAAAGAACAGGCUUUAGAAAUUUGGAACAUGAUGAAAGAAGAAAAAUGUAUGGGUGGAUGUUUUCUGCCUUACUUAAUGCAGAAUAUUAUAGACGCACAUGAGAAAUUAGAGGAUGACGGUUUUAGACUUUCGUUUCUGUUCUCUGGCGGUCAGAUUAUGGACGAAACUUUCGUCAAGGCCAUUUAUCGAUAUAGCUACCUCCUUUUUGCUUCAUAUGGCUUUACCGAAUCCUUCUCUGGUGUGUCUAUGUUUAUGUUGAAAGAAGAUCAGCCGUAUUAUACAGGGUACAGUGGGAAAGUUAGUAAAGGAGUCGAGUUAAGAAUUGUAGAUGAAUCAGAAAACAUCGUUCCUCUGGAAACACAAGGAGAAAUCCAGAUACGCCAAAAAGCACUGUUCAAAGAAUAUUUUGGAAACGAAAAACUUACAAAAGAAGUCUUGACGUCAGAAGGAUGGUUCAAAAGCGGUGACAUCGGCUAUCUCCGAGAAGAAGGGACUCUCUUCAUUACAGGAAGGAAAAAGGACAUUAUUUCGCGAGGAACUAGGAAAAUUACACCAGGAAGUAUUGAAGAUAAAAUCAAAAGCAUGCCUGGAAUAAAGCAUGUGGUUGUUAUCGGUGUACCUGAUGAUCGGCUGCUGGAAGAAGUCUGUGUAUGCUUCAUUUCUUUUGAGGGGAUAGACCUGACCCCAGCAGCUGUUGAAGAGUUUUGUCAGAAUAUCUUUCUGAAAGAGGAAAGUGCAGACGGGAUGGGAGAAAUGCCAAAAUAUUUCGUACGCUUUGAAACAUUUCCGUCACUUCAAAAUGGAAAACUGGACAAAGUACAGUUGAAACUUCUGGCAACAGAAAAUCUGCCACUUGGAGAGUAAUCAUUUAUCUACAAGUUUUUCCAACUUCUAUAAAUCACUCUCCUGAGCCCUGAUGAAAGUGUGCGGGGUGCAGGGGGUCAUCCUGUGACAGGAAAUCAGAGGACCCAAGAUUUACAUGGCAGGUUUCUGCGAAGAAGCAGAACACCCUGAACACCUGGUCUUAUUCGCGUUGUGCUUUGUCCUGAGUCUUCAAGUAAAUCUUUCUUUUUUUAAUAUUUUGCCUCAGUUUAAUUGAAUUUGAGUUUGGAUUAUGAUUAUGUUUACAUGUUUGUAUUUUCCAGCUUGUUUUG